AUGUCUUAUGCAUAUCUGUUCAAAUACAUCAUUAUUGGGGACACUGCUGUCGGUAAAUCGUGCUUGCUUCUCCAAUUUACGGACCAACGGUUCCAGCCUGUAUAUGACUUAACGAUUGGGGUAGAGUUUGGCGCUCGAAUGGUGAAUAUUGGUGACAAGCAAAUAAAGCUUCAAGUCUGGGACACGGCUGGACAAGAAAGUUUUCGUUCCAUAACCAGGUCGUAUUAUCGGGGUGCGGCAGGUGCUCUUCUUGUUUACGAUGUUACCAGGCGUGAUACGUUCAACCAUUUGGCAUCCUGGUUGCAAGAUGCUCGGCAGCAUGCAAGCCCAAAUAUGGUUAUUACAUUAGUUGGAAAUAAGUGUGAUUUGGAUGCGAGGCGAGAGGUUAAACAGGAAGAAGCUGAAGCAUUCGCUCGUGAGAAUAAUUUAUUAUUCCUAGAAACAUCAGCUAAAACCGGAGUAAAUGUAGAACAAGCCUUUUCCACUACCGCACGCGCUAUCUAUGAACGCUUACAACUAGGUCUUUUAGAUAUCAAUAAUGAUAUAUAUCUCUGUACUCGCCUAACAAUCUACAUUUUUUUGUAACUUAGGCAAAUGGCAUAAAGUUAGGUCCUCAACAACUAAGUACUCGACAAAGUGGUUCCUACGGUCCGGUUGGCUCAGAUUCGGGAGGUAAUCUAAGAAGACGUUGUUGUUAGCUCAUACCAAAGAGAGAUUAGUUUAUGGAAAGAUAAUAAAAGUUAUAACUGCGAUUAAUUAUUUUUAUGUUUUAUGACAACCUUUCUAUGAUUCUCAUUCACUAUUUUACUUCAUUUAUUUUGCUCUUUUUAUGUACUUUUUAAUUUCAUGUGCUUUAUGUGUACCCCCCAUUGUUUUGAAUGAAUACUUUUAUUGUCUAUUUUUCUGUAAGUUUUUCAACAACUUCCCUGUAUUUUAUUUUUCUUGUUUUGAUCUUAUUCACUAUUCUCAAUCAGUCGGUUGUCUAUAUUAUAUCUAUAAAUAUGUUUUUAAAAAGGCAGAUAUUUAUUGAUUCCAAAUGAAAAUCCAAAUUCCAAUCAUGCAGCAUUACUGUUAUAAAAUAUCUACAAAAAUGACACAUGCUGUGAAAACAUAUUCAUUCAUUUCUUCUCCAAGAAACUAGAGAUUUUCCAUCUUGUGUUCGCAUUAUUUCAUUUUAGUGUCGUUACUCGUUUACUUUAUUUUCAUAUUGUGUUUGUGUAUCCCGAUGUACGGAAAUGUAUUUCCUGAUAUUUUUAAGCUACCAAAUGUGUAUCUUGUUUUAUAGAUGGUUAUGUGAAGCAAAAUUAAUUGCUUUGUGUCAAAUUUUCACUACACUCGCCUUUGUUGUUGUAUUCUUGUUUAUUUAACCGUUGAAUAUCUAGUAAUCAUCAUUUUAUUCAAAUGUGUUCAAGCGUGUAUAGAAAUUUCUAUCGUAACUGACAGGUUCUUUUUAUAAAUAUUCUUUUUGUCAGAUAUCAGAAUAAACCUUAUUACUCGUCUAAUUCUUCUCAUGAUGUACUCAUUUUAACUUGUACUUUAUGUCAGAUGAUCUUUGGUUGAUAAAGAUACUCUAAAGAAUUUUUGUUGUCAAGCCAUAUGUAUAAAAUUCACGUCUAUCACUUAAGUAUGCUUCCGUAAGCCAGAUUUAUUUGCAAUUAUUUAGAACACAUUUUGAGCAUUAAUAUGAUGUUUGCUUUCUAGUACAUUUAUCCUAUUGAUACGAUUUGAUAACAAUAUAAAAUUAGGUAAUGUUA